CUGUAAUCCUGUUCUGUCUCAAGCUGUCCCUCUCUCUCUCUCUCUCUCUCUCUCUCUCUCUAGCGGAUAGCAAGAAUGGUACGUUAUUUUGCUUCCAAAACCCACCACCAAGCAUUGGCCUUUUGCAUUCUGUUUCUUUGCUUCUAUAGAAAUUGUCAAUGUCCUCCUGCAUCUGUUCCUCCCUCUUCCCACUACUUCAAAUAAGGGAAGAAUCACUGUUUGAAUUCCUUGUUAUCAUUUGAUACUCUUUCUAUGUUUCCUUUUUCUCAUGUUUUAGCUUUCUGGGUAGUGGGUAACUUUUCUACUAAACAUGAAUUUCUUGCUAUCAUAUCAUUUCUUUCCCCACCGGUCUCUCCUGCUUUAGCUUCCUGUGUUCCACUUAAGUUCCUUGUACCAUUUUUCCUUUACUUCCCAUCUCUCUCUAGUUUUUUUUGCUUUUCGUUUUCCCUUCUUGGAAUCAUUUUCUCUCUCUGUUUUAUUCUUUUCCCUUUCCCCUCUCGAUUGCUUACGCGGGUGUUCAUGGAAAUUGACCUGAACCAGGUAUUGAAAGAGGGGGAGAAGAGUGAAUGCCUUGGAGAUUAUGACAAAGCCGGUGGUGGCAUUUGUUCUCUGUCUUCUUCAUCUUCUUCUUCUUGUUCUUCUACUUCCUCUGCUUCUUCUGUUACUUCUUCAAUUUAUUUGGAGCUAUGGCAUGCUUGUGCUGGUCCUCUUACCUCCCUGCCCAAGAAGGGAAGUGUGGUGGUCUAUUUCCCCCAAGGUCACUUGGAGCAGGCUGCUUCUUCCGCACCUUUCCCAUGCUUGGAAAUACCCACCUUUGGUCUUCAGCCACAGAUAUUCUGCAGGGUUGUCAAUGUCCAACUCCUUGCCAACAAGGAGAAUGAUGAGGUUUAUACACAGGUGACAUUGUUUCCUCAACCAGGGUUGGCGGAGAGGAAUUUAGAGGAGCAGUGCCAUGAAGAGGAGGUGGGGGUUGAUGAUGGGAAUGGACAUAUGUUGUGCAAAUCAACCCCUCACAUGUUCUGUAAAACUUUAACAGCUUCUGAUACUAGCACUCAUGGGGGGUUCUCUGUCCCACGUAGAGCUGCAGAGGACUGCUUUCCACCUUUGGAUUAUAAACAGGAAAGACCUUCCCAGGAGCUCAUUGCCAAGGACCUUCACGGAAUUGAAUGGAGAUUUCGACAUAUUUACAGAGGUCAGCCACGGCGGCAUCUACUCACCACUGGGUGGAGUAUGUUUGUAAGCCAAAAGAACCUUGUUUCAGGGGAUGCGGUGCUCUUUUUGAGGGGUGAAAAUGGUGAACUGAGGUUGGGAAUACGAAGAGCUGGUCCUAGAAAUGGUUGUCCUAAUUCAAUUCCUGGCAACCAUAAUAUGCACCUCAAUGUUCUUUCCCCUGUUGCUAAUGCAAUAUCGACCAAGACCAUGUUUCACGUAUUCUACAGCCCAAGGGGAAGUCCUGCAGAAUUUGUCAUUCCUCAUCAAAAAUAUAUGAAAAGCACCAGCAAUCCAGUGUCUAUUGGAACAAGGUUCAAAAUGAGAUUCGAGAUGGAAGAUACAGCGGAGAGAAGAUGCAGUGGUGUAGUGACUGGUAUAAGUGAUGUUGAUCCCUAUAGAUGGCCUGAUUCAAAAUGGAGAUGUUUGAUGGUCAGAUGGGAUGAAAAUAUUGCCAGAGGACAUCAAGAAAGAGUUUCUCCGUGGGAGAUUGAACCCUCCAUAUCUCUAUCAGCCUUGAGUGUUCCAUCUGCCCCAAGGUUGAAGAAAUCCCGGAUCAGUCUGCAGUCAACCUCACCCAACACCCCAGUGACUGAAGGAGGGACUGUCUUCUUGGAUGAUGAAUCCGUAAGAUCCUCUCAGGUCUUGCAAGGUCAAGAAAAUGUUAGUUUCAUAUCACCAUUUUAUAGUGGUGAAAAGGUCGACCAUCCAGUGGACUUUGAAAUGAAUAAUCCAGCAAGCCAAAUGUCAACCGGGUUAGAACAGGCCAUUAGUAGUGAUUUUGUGAGAACACAAUCCAGCACUUACACAGGCUUUGAGGAGUCCGAUAGAUUCCAGAAGGUCUUGCAAGGUCAAGAAAUAUGCCCACAGCCGUUCUUGCAUGGAAGAGCUGAGGUCAACCCUAAUGCUUGGGAAAAGUUUGGUCGUGGUUGCAACAUGUCCAAUAUGUAUCAGGGGGCCAACCCAAUGAUCUACUCAUUUUCUUCAAAUGCCCAAAGCAUGCAAAUGCCAUCAAAUGACAUGCAUAGGUCGAGUCAUUUCCCUGUGAUGCACCCAUAUAUGGCUAGUUUCCAGAGAGGGAGUUUCCAGAUCAACUUGCCUUCUGUCCAAAGAAGGUUACCUCAGUGUACAAGAGAUGAACAAGGCAAUCCAAGUUCACAUAAUCCAUUGAAAGAGCAGAUGCCACCUGACAGUGCACCUGCUCAGGCUCCUUAUGACACAGAUCCCAAAAACCAGAAGUGUGAUACUUGUGAUGAGACUAACACUGGCUGUAAAUUGUUUGGGUUUUCCUUGGCCGGAGAAAAUCCUAUUCCCAACCCACAGAGCUCCAGUAGGAGGAGCUGUACGAAGGUUCACACGCAAGGAAACUUAGUUGAAAGGGCUAUUGAUCUCUCAAAACUGAAUAGCUAUGAUGAGCUGCUGAGAGAAUUAGAGCAGCUAUUUGGCAUGGAGGACCUUCUACGCAAUCGUAAGAAAGGUUGGCGACUUCUUUAUACAGACAGUGAAAAUGAUAUGAUAGUUAUUGGAGAUGAUCCUUGGCACAACUUUUGUAAUAUUGUAUCAAAGAUCCAUAUAUAUACACAUGAAGAAGUACAGAAGAUAGUGGUUGGCAUGGUUAGCAAUGACACUCAAAGUUGUGUAGAAGAAGCUCCUGCAAUAAUGGAUGUUUCAAGAUCAUCUUCUAUGGAACAGCGAAAUUCUCCAGUGGUUAUUAGGACAUGAAAAGUGGUAUAUUGGGAAUUAUGUUUGGUAGGAUGUUUUCUAUACCUAGACUUGAACUAAUUAUAAAGUAUUCACCCCACCCCAAAAAAAAGGUUUGAAAAAGAAAGAAAAAAAAAUUAGAAAUACUCUUUAGUCCAAAGCUGAUUGUUUUAUGCUAUGUUCAAUUUGUUCUCAUUGAAACCUUUUUUUUUUUUUUCCCCAAUUAUGAGCAACAAAUAUCUGCUCACUUGAACAGGAGGAUACUUCAAAUUGGUAGGUGAGUUGGUCCGCUGCAGCUGGGCAGAUUCCACAAGAGGUCCUGGUUUGAAGUCCUCAUAAGUCCAGUUAAAUGCCCUUGCCAGAAUUGGAUGGGCCUCCUCAUAACAAGGUAGAGAGACUAUUAGAACUAUAGCUAGAGGAGAUGAGAAAGGUCAGAAUGACAUUAUCUGAAAAGAAAAAGGGGAAAAAGGUCAACUGUUUUCAGUCCUCAUAUUUCUUUUGGCCUUUGGCUAUGGUGCUAUGGACUUGGUACACAUCCCCUAGUAAUUGGGUGUUAAAUCUCUUUUCGGGAUAGGCCUGGCCUCAAGAAUGGGACUUUUCAGACAACCCUUAACCACCGAAUGUCUAGACUUGUUAUUGCAUGACCUAGUUUAAUCAUUAUUGCCUCAUGUUUGGGUUGUAAA